UACUGCAACUCUCUUAAUUUCGAUUUGGGUUCUCUGGGUUUGGGUUUCACUUUGGGGUUUUUCUGGAUUUAACUUUCUUUUAGGUAGUCAAUGGGGAGGCAGUUUCGUGGGGGGGGGGGGGGGUUUAGGGGUUUCUUGGGUGGUCAGGGUGGCUGCGGUGGUCGAUUUUGACAGUUCAGAUUACAUUGAUUAUGGCACAUCUGGUAAAAUAGCAGGCUUCAUUGCUGAAACAAUUCAGGGUGUUGGAGGAGCAGUUGAAUUAGCUCCUGGAUAUUUGAAGCUGGUGUAUGAUAUGGUACGUAAGGCUGGAGGAGUCUGCAUUGCUGAUGAAGUUCAAACUGGAUUUGGUAGAACAGGGAGCAAGUAUUGGGGCUUUGAAACACAAGGCGUUAUUCCUGAUAUAGUGACAAUGGCAAAGGGAAUUGGCAAUGGCCUACCCCUUGGAGCAGUGGUGACCACACCUGAGAUUGCUAGCGUAUUGGCUCAGAAAAUUCAAUUUAAUACUUAUGGAGGAAACCCAGUGUGCUCUGCAGGUGGUCUUGCAGUCCUGAGGGUAAUUGACAAGGAAAAACGUCAACAACACUGUUCUGAUGUAGGGACCCACUUGAUUGAUCGAUUGAAACUUCUGCAGCAGAAGCAUGAUAGUAUGUGUUCCUAUUAUUAAUUAUAUGAAGAUAUUUGGUGAAUUUUUGUUUAUAUGACUGGCUAGUUCUGUUUAUUUAUAUAUUGAAUGUGCUGAAGUUUGUGACAACAUCAUUAGUCGUCUAAACUUCUGCAGUAGUGGCAUAACAACCCGUAACCCCCUGGUAAUUUAUCAAGUGUUUGUUGAUGGAGGAUUGUGUGUUGCUUGUUGAUAAAUGGUUGCCAGCAACUGUGAUCUGUUGCUGGCCAGGGGAUGUAUGAUUGUGAUAUGUUGUUGUUGCUAUUGAUGUUGGUGUGUGGCCUGAGUUCCUUGAUUAUGUCCCUUGAUUAAUGUUGCUUGGAAUAUACUCCUUGACUAUGUCCCUUUUUAACUGACCCCUAUAUAGCAAACCAAUGCGUUGAGUCCCUUAGCUUGGCCGUAAAUAGUUACACUAGGAUAAUCCAUAUGAUGAAGGGACUCACUUUCAUCGUACAGCUUCUCAUUGUGAUUUGCUCCUGUUUGUCCGUUGAGGUAACACAGUUUGAAAAGUUUUUGGAUGAAAAUAAAACCCCUGCUGGAUUUUACCAAAAUCACAUAAUUAAUCUACUAGUCUGUU